AACCCUGUGGUGAGACUUCCUUCUUUCCCAGGCGGCUGCCGAAGAUGGCGGAGGGGCAGGUCCUGGUACUCGAUGGCCGAGGCCAUCUUCUGGGCCGCCUGGCGGCCAUCGUGGCCAAGCAGGUGCUGUUGGGCCGGAAGGUAGUGGUCGUGCGCUGCGAGGGCAUCAACAUUUCUGGCAACUUCUACAGAAACAAGUUGAAGUACCUGGCCUUCCUCCGCAAGCGCAUGAACACCAACCCAUCCCGCGGCCCCUACCACUUCCGGGCCCCUAGUCGCAUCUUUUGGCGGACUGUGCGAGGUAUGCUGCCCCAUAAGACCAAGCGUGGCCAGGCUGCCCUGGAUCGCCUUAAGGUGUUUGAUGGAAUCCCGCCCCCCUAUGACAAGAAAAAACGGAUGGUGGUUCCUGCUGCCCUCAAGGUUGUGCGUCUCAAGCCCACGCGGAAGUUUGCCUAUCUGGGACGUCUAGCUCACGAGGUAGGCUGGAAGUACCAGGCAGUGACGGCUACCCUGGAGGAAAAGAGGAAGGAGAAAGCCAAGCUCCAUUAUAGGAAGAAGAAACAGCUCAUGAGGCUGCGGAAACAGGCCGAGAAGAACGUGGAGAAGAAGAUCAACAGAUACACAGAGGUCCUCAAGACACACGGACUCCUGAUCUGAGCCCAAUAAAGACUGUUAUUCCUCA